AAAUAUUUCACUUUGGUUUUUUCCAAGAGUAUUUCGUUAUGAUAUAAAGGAUUGCAUUUACACCUAUGGGAGGGACAUCUACUAAAAUAGCAUUUGAAGUGUGUGUUGUCAGCGGUGAUUACAGUGGUGAUGAACUUGGUCCUGGAGUCAAUAUGGUUAUGUUUGACCACUGUGGGAAUCAGUCACCGACAAUUACACUGGAUAAUAUUUUUCAAAAUGACAUCGACUAUACACAAGCAAAGUUUACAAUAGAUUUACAGUCUUGGAGUCGUUUAAAAGUGUUCAAACGAUUGCAUCAUAUUGAAUUUUGGUGUACAACUCAGUCGUUUCCUCCACCUGCUUGGUUUCUGGAUAGAGUGAUUAUCCGGGAUAGAAGGUUUGGUAUGACUGCUGAAUGGAAGUAUUUCUUCUUUCCUGUUCACCAAUGGAUCAGUCCUGAUCAUCAAUAUGUUGUACAUGACUGUGAAGCUUGGAUUCCUCAGUAUGAACCAUUUAUGGAGUUGAGAGAAGAGGAAGUUAGUAGGCGUAUGCAAUUCUUCACCUUCUUUCAACGUGCUAAAGGUCUACCUGUUGAGUUACAAGAAAUCCCGUCUUCAGAGUUAUUCUCAUCGGAUACUAGGUGGGAUAUUGAACCUUUGGUUCUUGAGGUUAUUGAGCGUACUGGUCUGGCUGAAGAAUAUACAAGUGAACAACCGUGGAAUUCUCUUGAUACACUUGGGAAUUUCUAUAAGAAAUAUAAUAUCACUGAACCUGUGAGUUUACAGUUUUGGAUGAUGAAUGAUAUCUGCUUUGGUGCACAACGUAUUCGUGGAUGUAAUCCUUACACUAUUCAAUUAUGCCGUACAUUACCAAAAAGUUUCCAGCUAGCCGCGAAUUGGUUGAAGCCUCAUCUGGAAGGUUGGACUCUGCGUCAAAUGGUAUCGGCUAAUCGUUUGUACAUACUUGAUUUUCACAUAAUGGAAGGGCUGAGUUGUAAACGUGGUCGAGAAUUGUGUGCACCUUUGGCUAUUUUCUUUUAUACAGAGAAAAGACAAUUGAAACCGAUUGCAAUUCAGUUGGAUCGUAAUUCGAAUGAUACCAGUGCGAUUAUCCUUCCAACUGAUCCAGCUUCAAUUUGGUUACAAGCAAAACUGUGGGUGAAUUUAGCCGAUGCAUGUCAUCAUAUGAUUGUUGGCCGUUUGCUAACUCAUUUAAUAUUGGAGUCAGUUUAUGUUUCACUACGACGUAACAUGUCACAAUCACAUCCAAUUUACCAUUUGGUUGCACCGCAUUUUCGUAGUAUACUGCCGGUAACAAGGAAAUUAAAAGAAUGGACCUUUGAAAAUGGUUGGAUAUCGCGUAACAUACAGCUAUCACGCAAAGGCAUUAAACAGUUAUUAAGACGAGCAUUUAAGAAAUGGCGUUUCGAUGUUAAUGCAAAUAUUUAUCGUGAAUUGGAGUCUAGAGGGGUGUACGAUCCCAAUGGCCUAGGCAAUUAUCCAUAUCGUGAAGAUGCCUUAUUAAUAUAUCAUACAUUGGAACAGUUUGUAUCUAGUUAUGUUCGCCUAUUUUAUCCUGAAGGAGCUGAACAAAUAAUACACGACAAUGAAUUACAAUCUUGGAGACAUGAAAUCGCCUGUCCAAUGGAGGAAGGUGGUUUGGGUUUAGUUGGAGUUCCUGGUAGUACAGUUAAAGUGAGUAUCUUUCUUAUCUUAUCUAGUGUGUAUAUGAAUUCUUAUACGUGA